ACUCAUAUUAAAUUAAAAAAAAAAAAAAUAACAACAUCAUUUGCAGGGCAGCUGAGCUCAAAAGAACUUGUCUUUGGAAAUGGAUCUCUCUGUAGUUGGCUUGUUGAUGCUGGUCCUUGUAGGUCAUGGAGUUGGCCUUCCUGAUCAACUCCUUCCUGAUCGGUGCCAAGAAGUGAGGUGUAAGAAAGACGGUCCAGCCAUAAGAUUUCCAUUCAGCCUCAAAGAAAAGCAGCCAGAUGACUGUGGCUAUCCUGGGUUUGAGCUAUCCUGCACGGACAGGACAGAAACGUUGUUGCAGCUACCAAAUUCUGUGAAACUAUACGUCAACAAAAUUGACUAUACAUCACAGCUGAUCUUUGCUGCUGACCCAGAUAAAUGCUUUCCAAAGCAACUCAGAAACUUCAAUUUGUCUACAUCUCCUUUCAAGUUUCGAGACAUGCAGCAGGAUGAUUAUGCAAUUUUCAACUGUACAUCAUGGAAGGGAGAUACAUAUCAGAAACUGGCUUGCCUUAGUGGUCCUGGAUAUGAUAUUUUUGCCUAUAGAUCUGAUUAUCUCAUCAGCUAUACAGACCUGACAUCUUGUACUAAGAUAUAUAAUCUUUCAUCAGUUCCAAUGGAAAUCAUGAUGGAGGAAAAAAUACUACGUUUGAAUUGGUCAAUGCCAGCAUGUAGACUUUGUGAAGCACAAGGCAAGUUCUGCAGAUGGAAGACUAGUGCUAGGCUUGACACUGAAUGCUAUGACAAGCCUAAAUCAAAUGAAGGCAUCAGGAUAAAGAUAGCGGCUGCAGUCGCGACCGUGGGUUCGGUUCUUCUAUUACUGGUUUUUUUUGCAGCCUACCGUGUCUACAGCUCUGACAAAGCAGCGAAAGAAAAUCAGAAAAGGAUUGAAAACUUUUUGGCAGAUUAUAAAGCUUUCAAGCCCACCAGAUAUACGUAUGCCGACAUAAAAAGGAUUACGAAUGAAUUCAAGGACAAGUUGGGUCAGGGAGCGUAUGGAACUGUGUUCAAAGGACAGCUUUCUGAUGAGAUCUUUGUAGCCGUGAAGAUCCUGAACAAUUCAACAGGGAAUGGAGAAGAGUUCGUUAAUGAAGUGGGAACAAUGGGAAAAAUCCAUCACGUCAACGUUAUUCGCUUAGUCGGCUACUGUGCUGAUGGGUUCAGAAGAGCUCUAGUUUACGACUACCUGUCAAAUGAAUCACUAGAGAAAUUUAUAUCUUCAGAGCAUGGCGACGCAUCCGCUCUUAGUUGGGAGAAACUUCAGGAUAUUGCUCUUGGCAUGGCCAAAGGAAUAGAGUAUCUUCACCAAGGUUGUGAUCAGCGAAUCCUCCAUUUCGACAUCAAACCUCAUAACAUCUUGCUAGACGACAAUUUCAAUCCAAAAAUCUCUGAUUUCGGUCUGGCGAAACUAUGCUCCAAGGAUCAGAGUGCAGUUUCCAUGACUACAGCUAGAGGAACCAUGGGGUACAUUGCACCUGAAGUGUUCUCUAGGAACUUCGGUAAUGUAUCCUACAAGUCUGAUGUUUAUGGUUUUGGAAUGGUGCUGCUUGAAAUGGUUGGGGGGAGGAAGACUAUCGAUGAUAAGAUAGAGAACAACAACCAAAUCUACUUCCCAGAAUGGGUCUACAACAGCCUGGAUAAUGGAGAAGAGCUGCGAAUCAGAAUUGAAAAGGAGGGUGAUGCACAGAUUGCCAAGAAGCUGACAAUUGUAGGACUUUGGUGCAUUCAAUGGCACCCCGUGGAUCGUCCCUCCAUGAAUGCUGUAGUUCAAAUGCUGGAAGGAGAAGGGGACACAUUAACAAUGCCUCCCAGCCCUUUUGCUUCUGCAGGUCCAGGAAGAAGGAAUGCCAAUAUGCCGGGGAGACCUCUUCAUCAAGCUCUGGAAGUGAUCACCGAGGCAGAGGGCAUGGAGCUGAAAAUAUUCCAAGUCAUGGACAUGGAUCUCUCUUUACUUUGCUUGUUAUUGCUACUCCUUGUAAGCCAUGGAGUUGGCCUUAAAGAUAUGUGCCAAGAAGCAAGGUGUAAGAAGCAUGGUCCCGUCAUAAGAUUCCCGUUUAGAAUCAAAGGCAAGCAGCCAGAUUACUGUGGCUAUCCUGGGUUUGAUCUAUCUUGCACUGACAGGAAAGAAACAUUGUUGGAGCUGCCAACUUCAGUGAAACUCUACAUCAAUAAUAUUGAUUAUGCAUCAGAGUUGAUCACUGCAACUGAUCCAGAAAACUGCCUUCCAAGGCAGCUCCUGAACUUCAAUUUAUCAACAUCUCCUUUCAAAUUUGCAGCACAGUUACAGAGGGACUUGGACUUUUUCAACUGCACUUCAAGGCGGAGAGACUCUUAUCUAUGGACGUCUUGCCUUGGUGUUCCAGGAUAUGAUAUUUAUGCCUUUAUGUCUGGUAGUAUCGUUACUUAUUUCGACCUGACUUCUUGUAGCAAGAUGUAUAACCUUUCAUCGGUUCCAGAUGAUUUAAAUAGCAGGGACAACAUUCUUCAUUUGAAUUGGUCAAGACCGGCAUGUGGACUUUGUGGUGCACUGGGUAAGUUCUGCAGAUUGAAGAAUAACACAGAUAGGAUCGAGACUGAAUGCUAUGACAAGCCUAAAUCAAAUGAAGGCAUAAUAAAAAAGAUAGUGGCUGCAGUAAUAACUGUUGGUUCAGCUAUUCUGCUGCUGAUACUCUUUGCGCUCUAUCGUGUCUACAGCUCCGACAAAGCAGCAAAACAACAUCAGAAAAGGAUUGAAAUUUUUUUGGCAGAUUAUAAAGCUCUCAAGCCCGCUAGAUACACUUAUGCUGACAUAAAAAGGAUUACAAAUGAUUUCAAGGAGAAAUUGGGUCAGGGUGCAUAUGGAACUGUGUUUAAAGGAAAGCUUUCUAAUGAGAUCUUUGUAGCUGUGAAGAUCCUGAACAAUUCAACAGGGAAUGGUGAAGAGUUCGUUAACGAAGUGGGAACAAUGGGAAGAAUUCAUCAUGUCAACAUUGUUCGAUUAGUCGGUUACUGUGCUGAUGGAUUUAGAAGAGCUCUAGUUUACGACUACCUGCCAAAUGAAUCACUAGAGAAAUUUGUAUCUUCAGAACACGGCAAGACCUGUCCUCUUAGUUGGGAGAAACUUCAGGAUAUUGCUCUUGGCAUAGCUAGGGGAAUAGAGUAUCUUCACCAAGGUUGUGAUCAGCGAAUCCUCCAUUUCGACAUCAAACCUCAUAAUAUCUUGCUAGACGAUAAUUUCAGUCCAAAAAUUUCUGAUUUUGGUCUGGCGAAACUAUGUUCCAAGGAUCAGAGUGCUGUUUCCAUGACUACAGCUAGAGGAACCAUGGGGUACAUUGCACCUGAAGUUUUCUCUAGGAACUUUGGGAAUGUGUCCUCCAAGUCAGAUGUUUAUAGUUAUGGAAUGGUGUUGCUUGAAAUGGUUGGAGGAAGGAAAACUGUCGAUAAAGAAGUAGAGAACAACACCCAAAUCUACUUCCCUGAAUGGGUCUACAACAGCCUGGAUAACGGAGAAGAGCUGAUAAUCCGGGUUGAAAAGGAGGGAGAUGCACAAAUUGCAAAGAAGCUGACAAUUGUUGGUUUAUGGUGCAUUCAGUGGCACCCUGUGGAGCGUCCCUCAAUGAAUACUGUAGUUCAAAUGUUGGAAGGAGAAGGAGACAAAUUAACAAUGCCUCCUAGCCCUUUUUCGUCGGCGGGUCCAGGAAGAAUGAAAUCACAUUUACCAGGGAGACCUCUUCAUCAGAUUUUGGAAGUGAUAUCUGAAACAGAUUGACCAUGGAAUGAUCAGCAGUACACGACUCCUUUAGCAGGAGUAUAUUUUCUUUUAUUCAUGGAUUCUGAUCUUUGAAUGCUACAUCAAAAAUUAAAAAAUGAAACUGACAAACAAAAUCAUAUUUAACAGCAA